ACUCGUUUUUUUCGGAUGAUAAAAGUAUAAAACUAUAAGCUCAACUCGCUGCGUCUUCAUUUCUAUCUCUAGGUUCCACCGCCGCCUCAAGACUGAAUCAUGCCUCGCCGAAGCUCAGGGGGAAGACCUGCACCACGGCCAGCUGCUCGUCACGCACCAGCCCGCAAUCCUCCUCAACCUGUGAAUCAUGCACCUCCUCCUGCUCCCGUUCAAGCUAGUGGUGGUGGAUCCUUGCUUGGAAACAUCGGUUCAACCAUAGCGCAAGGCAUGGCUUUUGGUACUGGAAGUGCAAUGGCUCACAGGGCUGCUGAUGCUGUCAUGGGUCCACGGACCAUUCAACAUGAAACUGUUGGCUCUGAAGCAGCUGCUGCUCCUGCACCAACCACAAACAGCAUGGGUGGUUCUGAUACUUGCAGUGUGCAUGCUAAGGCAUUCCAAGAUUGCUUGAAUGGCUAUGGCAAUGACAUCAGCAAGUGUCAGUUUUACAUGGAUAUGUUGUCCGAAUGCAGGAGGAACUCUGGGUCUAUGAUGAGUUCUUGAGCUUGUUGCAUGUGAAAUGAAAGAUUCAUUAGAUGGGUCUAUGGCUGCUGCACGUAUACCUAUGGAAUUUAAGUUCUUGAAUAAUGUUCUGAAAACAUGAAUUUGAUGUAAACUUUCGAUUAAUCAGCUACGCGUCACGGUACUAUCUAUUGAUGCUUCUCUUCGCAGAUCUUGAGCGAUUGUCGAUUGCGGAUUAUUAUCAUCUUUUAACGCCUUAUAUCAGUCUAUUUUCUGUCA